UCCAUGGAGUAGUCCGGACAAGAGGAGUAGAAGUGACUUGAGUUAUUUGGAUUACACUGAGUAGAAUUCACCUAGCUAGCCGUUAUGUUUGUUUGUUGCUUUUAGAGCUAUCAGACAGUUUCUUGCACUCCGAGGAGAGGGGGACCACCAGCAGCAGGUGCAUGUGAAUGUCGAUAAAGCUCAGCAAACUCCACUAUCUCCACACGGCUUGAACAUCAGCGGAUAAAAUAUUCGAGCCAAAACGAGUUCUUGGUUUGUGGAAACAGCUUAAGCAUGCCUCUCACGGCUUCCCCUCUUCGAGAAUAGCAUGUUAAUCCCAGUGUGGAAAAAAAAAGCAGCAGCGUGUCGUCCCGGAGAGCACGCAAACAUGGAGAAAGUGAACGCUAACUUACCUCAACUUAAACUGUGACUUCGAGAUUCAUCUUUGUUGUAAACUUUUGCUCUGUUUUUGGAGAAAAAGAACACGGCGGAUACAUGGUGAGACUCUAGCACGGAUUUUCAGGAUAUCACCGGAGCAGAAGAGGCGAUGGAGAGGAAGAACAAGGCGACUAACCGGACCCGCUCCGCUGACGGUAGAGCUAAAGACAGAGUGGACAGGGUGGAUCCAUAUGGCUUUGAGCGUUCAGAGGACUUUGAUUAUGAAUCAUAUGAGGAGCUCAUGUCUGAGUAUCUAGUUGUGCUCACCCGACGGUCCAUCAAAUGGUCCAAACUACUGAAGGGCAAAAGCAAGGUGCAGAAGAAUGUAAAAUUAAAGCGUUAUGUGCGUAAGGGGAUUCCCAAUGAGCACCGAGCUCUGAUUUGGAUGGCAGCCAGUGGGGCUCAAGACCAGUUAGAGAAGAACCCAGGAUACUACCAGUCCCUGCUCGGAGCCCAGCAUGACCCCAAACUGGUGGAGACCAUCUGCACAGACUUGAACAGAACAUUUCCAGACAACAUCCAGUUCCGCAAGACAUCCAACCCAUGUUUGCAGAAAGCACUGUACAAUGUGCUGGUGGCUUAUGGUCACCACAAUUCAGCUGUGGGCUACUGCCAGGGGAUGAACUUCAUAGCUGGGUAUCUGCUUAUCAUCACAAAAGAUGAAGAGAAAUCCUUCUGGCUGAUGGAUGCACUACUCAGCAGAAUUUUACCAGACUACUACAGUCCAGCUAUGCUGGGGCUGAAGACAGACCAGGACGUGUUAGGGGAGCUAGUGAAAAUAAAAAUCCCCGGAGUCUGGCAGACCAUGGUGGAUCAUAACGUUAUGUGGACACUGGUGGUCUCACGAUGGUUCAUCUGCCUCUACAUAGACAUCUUACCAGUAGAGACAGUUCUGCGGAUUUGGGAUUGCCUGUUUUACGAGGGCUCGAAAAUCCUGUUCCGUGUAGCUCUGACAUUGAUCCACCACAACCAGACUCUGAUUCAACAGGCCCAGUCGCUGCCAGAUGUCUGCCAAAUCUUCAAGCAGAUCACCCAUGGACCAUUUGUUGAUGAAUGCCACACUUUCAUGCAGAAAAUCUUCACAGAACCAGGAAGUCUUCCCAUGGCAACCUUGACUAAGCUGCGGGUGACAUGUCAAUCUCGCAUCAUUGCGGAGGAGUCAUGACACAAAGUUACUCACCUGUUGUUCAAACUCAAUACAUUCCACUGGGAGAAGCACCCAGCAGCUCGUUUGCACCUUUUUUAACUGACAUUUCACAAUAAAUACUACGUGAGGUUUUUGUCUUAAUCAUAUGUUUAGACAGCCAUACAAUCUAAAUGUGUAUAUAUAUGAUCAUGAGAAUAUUCUUAGUUAUGUGCUGUAUGAGCUGACAAUUCCAUUUGAAAUUAACAUGUAGUUCAUCUUAAAUGAAUAUUUUCUUUUGUUAAAGCAUGGAAUUAUGCACUUUACUCUGAAAAGUCAGACACUGAAGAGAACAGGCUUGGCAGCAAAUGGGUAUGUUAGAUAAAUUAUGUGUUGCACAAUGUUAACACACCCCAGAGGAAGCUACCUACUGUAUUUCACAUUGUCAUCUGGAUAGUUAACUGACUAUACUAUGACAUAUCAUGCUGGCAGAACAUGCUGUGGUAAUCCAAUGUGAAUUAUAUUGAUUUGAUGCAGUUUAUUCAAGUGCACUAUGUUGAAGCAAUAUAAGCACAAUUGAAAGGGCUGUUCUACUUAUAUAACAAUGAUGUGUUCAGUCUGUCCUUUGUUUGGGUUUUGGGGCCCUUUAAACUUCUGUAGUACUGAUAUCAGAUUUUGUUGCACUGGACAGAAAUAACCUUGGCAUUGAUCCCAGCUCUGGGUAUUCUGUGUGAUGUACACCUGGUUGAACAGCUAUGAGUAAACA